AUUCACAAAGUUUUGUUUGGUUUUCCAAAAAGAUUUAAUAAUCACCAAGUAUUGGAUUAUUAAACAUGCUGCUAUUCCAGUAUGACGGGACGCUGUUUGGAAUGCUGGACUUUGCGCCAAACGCUGUCAGCAGCGAAAAAUAGCAGAUAAUUUGAGCGUUUGUUAAGAGGCUAAUGUUAGCUGCGUUAGCAGCAGUAGCGCUGUCUUAUCAUAACCAUGUCCUGUAACCUAGUUUAAAGUGUUGGGAGCUGCCCGCUUGGCAAGUUAUUGAAUUAGGUAACUAAGCGAAAGGCUGAGAUAGGCAGGGAGGUUCUGUGUAUUUAUUGUUUUAUACAAAGUGUGCUAGAGUUACAGCUAGUUAGCUAACGUGACAUUUAAAUAUAAACCCACUUGUCAUUACUGGUUUAAAACAUAGGAUAAAGCCUCUAUGAAAUCAACUGCGGUUGUCAUCGCUGUCCCAGUAUGUCUUCCAAGGACGACCCCCGCAUCCUGGAGGAACAGGUGAAGAGUUUAUCGGAUGAGUUGAUGCAAUGCCAGGCCGACAAGGAGUUUGUGUGGUCCCUGUGGAAACGCCUGCAAGUGGCAAAUCCUGACUUGACCCAGGCUGUUAGUUUGGUGGUUGAGCGUGAGAAGCACAAAGCUGAGCUGAAGGACAGGAAGGUGUUGGAGAUCCUCCAGUCCAAAGAUUACAAGAUUCAGGAACUAGAACAGAAAGUGACAGGACAACAGCAGGAGAUUAACAGCUUGGUGCAGAGGACGACGGCGGAUGGCGAGAUUGCCUUAAUGAAGGAGGAGCUGACAGCUCUGCGUGAACAACUGCUCCAUAAGAACCAGGAACUUAAGAUUGAGAUGGUGUCCACCACUGUCCGCAAUAACAGGGAAAGCUCUGUGCCUUCUGCUUCGCUGCACAUGCUGCGAGAGUGUAGAUCAGAACUAAGGGCCAGAGAAACUGAAGUUAACACCUGA